UUAUUAUUGUAAUGUAUAUUUGUAAAUAAAGCAAGCGUUGUGGGGGAAUAUGAUGGGCAAUUAUAUGACUGUAUUUACAUGGUUCAGUGGUAUUUACUGCUGCAAAAGCAUAUCAGGAAAUAAGGAGUUUCGAUAUGUAUGGAUGUGCGUUUAGGUCUUUUCGUUGCGCAAUCAAUGUAGGCGACUGUUAGAAGUACGGAUUAUGGCGAUGGCUAGUUGGAUGUUCAGGGGGAGAAUUCUGCGAUCAGGACGUUCAACACGUAGUCGGCAUGACAGCGAAGAUGAAGUGCAACUAGAUUUUUCGAAAGAUGCAAAUGAAAAUGCUCGCGAGAUUCUCUCACAUAUUUGCAAGAAACAAGGACUAACUGAGGGGAAGCGGUUUAGUUACCUAAGUGCAUUUGUCAAAUUGAUCACGAAGUCGGACAUUGGGGCCGGAGGCCUUGGGUAUAGCAUAGAAGACUUACAAUGCUGUUUACGUGUAGCCUUAGUACAUGAAGCUUCCCAAGUUCGUGCUGCAGCGUUGCGUGCUGUAAGAUAUCUUUUGAAAGAAGAAAAGGAUGUCAGGAUAUUAAACAAACUUCGUUAUCCUUGCCUUAUAUGCCGGAGUUUGGAUUUAAUGUUGAGAAAUGAUUCGGAGCGAGUUCAGGCCCUGCGCCUGGUUCGUCGGAUGCUUGUACUUGCUCCCAUGGACUUUCCCAUUUCAUUGGUACGCUCACUAGUUUCAUUAGCGAAUGGUGCAGCUGAAGAAAAAGACAGGAUGCUACGGUCUUGCCUUGCAACACUUGCCGAAAUCUGUGUUCUAAACCCUGAUUCAUUUAUCUCGUGUGGUGGAGUGAGUGCAGUUAUCCGAAAUCUUCUGGACUGUCAGAUGCCACGCAUUGCUGAGUCACUCUGUGGGGUGCUGUUAUUCUUAUUGAACAGUCCAGCCACAAGAAGCCAAGCUGGAAUUUGCCUCCAGUCACUUGCUGCGCCAUAUUGUGACUUCCAUCUGAACAGUGAUCGAAAUAGGGAUGAACGAGAAGUUCAGUUCCACUGCAGCAGGCUGGUUCUGCUGUCUGUUUUGCGUUCUUGGCCUGGUAUACUUCACUUUUGUCAUCCUGCAAACAGUUCUGGGCUUAGGUCCCUAGUAAAUAUAUUGUACCUGAAGCAGUUAGAAGUUCGGAAAGGCAUUCUGGACUUGCUUUAUGAACUACUGGGUUUGCCGCAGCCGGAGUGGACAGACGAAUUUAGCGUGGCAUUGGAGGCUGUUGAUCCUUCACACCCUCGUGACACUUGGAAACUGCAGGACGGGUUCAUAAGUGCUGAAGGGAGGGACAUUUUGCCACAUCUGUCAAGGUUCAGGCCAAACAUUGUGGAAAUACAUCUCGCAAUCCUUCUUUAUACAUUUGUUCAAGCUGGAUUGCUGGAGGCAAUAGUUGAAGUUAUAGUGUCCUCAGAUACAUUUAUAUGUGUCAGAGCCUCUGUUCUGUUAGGUGAAUUGUUACAUUUGAUACACAAUUUGUUGCCACCAGAGUGCUGCAACCUAACUCCAGCUCUCCCUAACUUGCUGUCACAUGCCUCAAAUGCUUCAGUUCCAUCAGUUCAGCAUCAUGCAUUGUCUGCUGUUGCUAUAUUGUCACAUCUGCAUGGAAUGCUAAAACGGAGACCGGCACCAGCAUCUCUUUUCUUGGACCGAACUCUGCAGGGCGGAGGAUGGGGCCGUGAAGAAAGCAAGGCUGGCAAGCGCUCCAAACUUUAUACGCUGGUAGCACCAAAAGAAGGUGAUGACUUUUUGAAGGACUCUGCUGUGCUGACUCAUAAAGAUGGUUUCUCUUGGAACUGGAAUAUAGUGAGGGCAGUUCUGAAGAGUCGCAGUGAAUUUUUGAAAAAGCUUGAAGACUCAAAUCAUCGCACUUUUCUGAAAAGACUUGUUCACUAUUUUAAACCUUCAAGUAAUUGCUUCUCUCGUGUGGAACUGGGAAACAAAAAACAGACUCAGAUGUACACUCUGGCUGGAUUGGAGUUAAUAGACUGUCUUUUGGAAGUGGAGGAGGCUGAAGGUAUGAAACUGUUAAAUGAGCUGCUGGCAGACAUGUGGGUUCAGAUCGAUGCCAUCACCUCCUGUAAGAGUGCCCAUGACUGUCUAUUCAGCCCUCAGCACAUGUCAAAUUCUGUUUGCCAAGACUAUUUUCUCUUCAUUGGACGGCUCUGCAGGUGUAGUAAGGGGUUACGGGUGCUGGAUAAAGCAGGCAUCUUUCAGCAGCUUCUUCAUCUAGUUGUGUCAACUAACCAUGACUGCUAUGUGAAACUUGUUGUCUCUGGCCUGGACUAUAGCAUUGAUGGUAUGCCUAGGGUAAUCCUGAGUGAAGUUCUCACUGCCCCGUCAGAGUCAUCCCGGCUGUAUGCAACUCAGUUUCUGUUGGUUCUCCUUCGUGCCAGAUUGCCAGAUUUCCAGAAGUGGGGGAUAGAAUUAUUAGUGAUGCAGUUAUAUGACCAAAGUAAAGCUGUGUCAUUGGCAGCUAUAGCAAUUUUGGGGGAAGCUACAGAAGAAAAGGUGUACUUGGAUGCUGUUAUAUCAAUGCGGCCAUCAUUGCUUCAUCUUGGGGAUAAAGGCUUGCUGCUUCUCAUCAGGUUCCUGUCAACUCCUAAUGGCUUUACUUUCCUACAGGAUGCAAAUUUUGUAACUACACAGCUGGAUAGAUGGUCUAGCAACUACAACUAUAGGUAUGUCCGUCUAGUGGAGGGAGAUAUACAUGACUCAUUAACACUACAUCAGUGUGGUGAGGAUGGUCGGUACAGUCGUCGCGUCACUGGUGCAAAACAUUAUGUACGAGAUGUCUUCAUCCCACCACAUUUGUAUGGACAGUUGGUUCAACAUGAGAAAGGCUUCCAACUUCUGGUAAAAGAAGGAAAGCUACAUAACCUUUUCCAGUGUGUUCAUAACAGACAUUGUAGUUCAGAGCAGGAAAUCUUGAAGCUGAAAGCAGCACUGUGGGGUUGCGGUCAUGUCGCUACUUCUUCGUUAGGCAUUUCUCUCCUUGCGGAACAUGGGAUUGUUCAGGCAGUGUUACAUUUGGCCCAGAAUUGCCCUGUCUACUCUGUACGGGGAACAGCUUUCUAUGUGCUUGGACUCUUGGCAACAACGUUUGAGGGAGCAAAUCUUCUGAACAAAGCAGGUUGGUUAUGUGUACGCCAUCAUCGUCAUGACCGUUGGCCUGUAAUCACAAGUGAUAACGAAGAUGAUGAGUCAGAUGCAGAAUUGAUGCAACACUCAGGACUUUAUAGUGAUGGUGAUAACAUAUCCUUCUCCAGCGAGGUUCCUUCAGGUUGGGAAUCAAACUGCAGUACCCUUACACAGCAAGAGUCCUCUACUAUAGAUAGCAGUCAGGACUCAAAUCCUGGUCGGUUCUACAUCCCCGGUGAUGAUGAUGAUGUAGACAGCAUAGAAAGUGGAGAUGAUGAAGGGUUUCAUUUAGAAGAGACACGUAGCUCAACAAAAUGGUUUGACUUACCAGGAAGUAAUUGUGAUGAUACCAUACAGCAGCAGCAUAAGUCUCGGACCCUACCUCAUCCAAGGCAUCAUAGUUUCCCAGCAGCACCAUUCCGACACCGGCAUUUUCGUAGUCUUAGUGAAUGUAAAGAGACACAUGUUCAAGCUGGAGAUUGGGCACUUGGGCCUUCAGGAACUAUAAAAGACUCUUCAAGAGGUGAACAGGAAAACAAGGGCCACUCUAAUAGCUGUACUGAUUCCAGUGGUGUUAGUUCGUGUGACUCAGGGCUUGCACACACCGGGAAGCUUGGAGGAGUUCAUGAGCAGACCCUGAGCCCAAUUCCAAGUUCAACUUCUCUCAACACUCUUAAAUCAGGAGCUGUUACUGAGCAGUCUAAGGGAAGUCAAGUUACAUACAAGAAAUUUUCACCCAUCCAUGGUAGUGUAAAUUCAGGUCUCAUUUCUCCUGAUACAUCAAGCUCUUGUCUAAGCCAGCAGGAUGUACUUGGCUAUGCAACAUUACGCUCUUUGCAUCGGUAUCGUCGACCUUUGUAUUCUGACACUGUCUCUCUGGCUGCCAUGGAAUUACUUAUGUUUGAUGAACACAGACAUAUCACAUCUUCUAGUCGCUCAGCAUCUGUUAGCCGAGCUUUAAAAGUGCGCAGUCUUGACAGACAGUAUGUACAUCCAGGCAUGUGUGAGUUUGAAGCAAGCCUUCCUCCACAGCUGCUAAGUGGAGCAAGUUCCGUUUCUCUGGCUGCUCGAACAUACAUUGGCAGUAGAUCCAACCUUGUGGCAGCCAGACACUCAGGACUUGUAACUGAAAGCAGUUCCACACAGCAGUGUUACAUGGGGAUCUGUCUGCCUCGAGAACUGGCAUCAUUGUAUCCAAGAGAUGAUCCAGCAACAAGAUCUGCAGAGGAAAAAGGGAGAGAUUAUCAGAGAGGUAGCUCAGAGAGACAAAGAUCCACAUCACUUGGAGAAAUGGAGGAUUUGCAGGAAGCAGGGGAAGAAGAUAUUGAUACCAGCUUCAGCUCAGAUUCUGAAGACUUUGAAAGCCAAAUGAAGACUAAUCACAGUGCUGCUGCUGCUGCUGCUUCAGAUUACCGCCACAGUUCUGCUAACUGCUUGGCAUGCUGCCGAUUAAGGGACAGAAAAAUUUCAGCUAGCUCAUACCACCGUUACAGAACCGACACGGAAAGCAGUUAUGGUGGUGGGGAAUCCCCAGUACUAUUGCCAAGGCGACGCAAGUCUAAUAGUGCUAGCAGCUGUUUGCUGGGACUUACUCCAGGUGGCAGUGUGGAAAGUGGGAAUAGUACUAGUCUGGAUAUUGGUCCUUGCCAUCAGCGUGUGUCUGAAGAAGUGGGAACACCGAGUAAAGCUUUAAUCCGUCGUGAGAUUUUGAAGCAUGUGAUGCGUAUGAGUAAUCCUGUAUGGAUUAAAGUGUCUAAGCAAGUACUUCUUCAACUGAAGCAGCAGUAUCCAGCAGUGUUUCAAGAUGUGUGCCUUUAUUCUGAGGUUUCCCAUCGAAUAGGCUCAGCGACUUACAGACUUUCAGCAAGGAGAUUUCUUCAAGAACUGUUUCUGGAUCUGCAGUUUGAUGCUCUGUAUGAGGAACCAGCAGCCAUCUUGCAGAUCCAACAAUCUGUAGCAGAGGGCACUAAUGCUGCUGCAGCAGCAGCUUCUCCACAAAGUACCGGCCAUAGUUCCACCACAUCAUCAUCACCAAACAUGACAAAUGUGUCCACCAAUCAGGACAUUGUAGAUGGGCUUUUAUUACAUAACUUACCACAUCCACAUGGCAGUGUGAUAAAUGUGGAACAGUCUCUGAGUCCUACUGGGAACCUAUCAGAGGUCACCUCUGGUAAAAUUCCGUGUCAGGAGUGUCUCAUUACUAAUGAAGAGAAACCAUCUGAAUCAGAAAAUACAACCUAUAAAUUUGGUUUGAACACAAGGACUGUCUCCUUGGAUAUAGUUCCUCCCUGCAAAGUUUUGGUGCUACAAGGUGUGUAUGCAGUUAGGUCUCCCCCAUUAGAAGUUGUAAAAGAAGAAUCUGUAGCAACAGUUUCACAUUUAGACUCAUUGUCCAAAACAGAUACCACUGAGAGUGACCUUGUUCCAGAUAAUUGUCCUGUAGGAAACUCAUCAGAACAGUUGUAUGGUGUUUUCAACCCCGUAAUUGUUAGUGCUAGAAAUGAAAUUUUGAUCUCAGCAGCACAAGAUGCCAAUAGUAAUUGUAACAAUUCAUUAUCAUUUAGGCCUGCCUCUCAGCUAACUGCUGUUAUGAAUCAAAGUUUGUCUGACUCCACAGAAGAUACUAAGCCACAUACACUUGAUUACAGUGUUAAGGAUAUUCCAUCUCCUGCAAUAUUGUCUGAACAAAGACCACAAGUUUACCCUAAAGAAUCUGUUGAUCCUUUCAUUGACAGUCAACAUAAGACAAAUUGUGAACAGUCUGUUGUUUUCUCAUUUAUGAUAGGAGAAGAAGAGAAAGAAGCAGCAGUAGGACGUUGUGUCACUUUACUAGAUAGUGAAAAAGUUGGCAGCUGUGAUUUACUAGUCGCUGAGAGUAAAUGUCAGGAAUUAGUUAACCUUAAUUUGCCAACUCAGAACAUGUUCACAGUUUCUCAGGUAACAAGUGGCAGUGGAGUGAAUGUAAUCUCAUCAGUGAGCAGUCCUCUACUUUCAAGUGCAGUGUCUGGUUCAGUGAUUAAGAACAGCGUGCAGAAGGUACCAGAAACCCAAAAUAAACAUAUAGGUGAAUCAGCCACACAUGUUGAAAGGAGAACUGUGAAUUGCCUGUCUCAGACAGCAUCAUAUCCAAAUACUCUGAGCAUGACAAACAGCAGACUAAAGUAUAAAUCAGUAUUAAUGGACAGUUCUGACCUUUUGCUGGCAAAUAGGCCAAAGCCAGAAACAUACAGCAAGGCUACAGAGAGUAGUCCAUGUGUGAAAGCAGUUGUGGUGCACGAAGUUAGUUUGCCAGAGCUGUCUGUUCCAUGUCAGACACAAGCAUCAAUGCCUUCUCAGGGUCAAUCAGCAUCUGCCAGUGAUGAGGUUAUACAAGUCAAUAAAAAUAGUCACAUGGGUGGCUUGUCUUUGCUCAGUAGCGGUGCUAAAGGAUCCCAGAAUAAGCAGACAUUAUGUAAAAGUUUGAAUGAAGACCCAACUGCUAGUUUCAAAAAGUUUCCAGAGGAGAAAUCUUCCAUUAUUGCAGUUCCUACCAAAGCUGUUGUGAUUGGUACUAGGCAAAGAAAGUUGGCUACUACCUGUCCUCCAAACAUAUCAUCACUCACUAAAACUGUUGGUAAGACAGUUCCUUCUAAUGCAGAUAGCAAGAAGACACAAUACAGUGAAAGUUCAUGCACAUCUGGUAGUUCCAAUUUCAUAAAAGGAGAAACUGUUAAAAUGAAAUCAAAGCUAAAAAAAUGAUUGUCACAUAUGUUAAGGUAUUAAGUGUAUUAAUUGCAAGCAAGGUAUUUAAUUUUAUGUCAAAUGCCUGAAAUGUAAAUAUAUUCAGUGUUUAUUUUAUAUAAUGUGAUGUGACUGCUGAUUGUGUUGGUCAUAUAGGUUGUGAAGUUCCUUUUCUUCCCACUCACCUGAACUACCAAACAACGCAUUCAUCUGAUCAUCUGUCACGCAUUAUCUUUGAACCAAUAUUAAAUGGAUCAACCAUAAUAAUAGUUUCAA